UAUUGUUUAUAAGGGUAGUUAUAAAUAAAGUAAAAAUAAAUCAGUAUGCAUCUGAAAGUCGCAGCUUUAUUACGUCUCCCUUGUCGACAUGGCGCAGCCGGUAGGAUUAUCGAUUUAAAGUUUAAAAGUAAAAGUGGACAAAAUAUUGUGCAGUUAUAGUGAGAAAUUAGCGACAAAUAAAAUAUAGGAACAUUAAAUAACAAUCGUGCAACAAAAAAAAUGGAAGCCGUACUCCCUCCACCGUCGCCAUUUUGUUAUACUAAUAAUUUGGACAGUUUAACAUCAGGAAACUUAUCGGAAGAGUGGAAAAAAUGGAAAAGUGCAUUCCUUAUUUAUUACGAAGCCUGUGAAUUAGCGAAGAAGAGUGAAAAAGUUCAAAUUAAUAUAUUUUUGCAUUUGGUUGGCGAACAGUGUAGGGAAGUGUACAACCAAUUUAACGAGUCUUUUUCAAAUUUAGGAAGACUAAUAGAAAAAUUUGAUAACUUUUUCAAGGCCAAAAAGAAUAUUACAGUGCUCAGACAUCAGUUUUUUACCCAAGAACAACAAGAUAAUGAGUCUGUCGAACAAUAUGCUUUUCAACUAAAGAAAAUGGCGGCAAAUUGUGAGUUUGCGAACUUGUGCGACGACCUCAUAAGAGACCGUAUAAUUUGUGGGAUUACAGAUAAUUCAUUAAGAGAACGUUUGUUAAGAGAACCGGAUUUAACUCUUCAAAAAACAUUAGAUAUAUGUAAUCUUGCCCAAAUAUCAAAAGUGCAAGCUGGAACAAUUAAAUGUAAAACCGAAGAAAAUAAUGCAUACGAAGUAAACAAACGUAAUGAAAAUAAAGACAUCUGUUAUGAAAACUACGAGUGUGACGCAAUGUGGAGAUUUCAGCGUGCGGGCGCAGCGGGAGCAGGGCGUGCGCGCGGGCGCGGUGUUCGCGGCGUGCCAUGGCGCGGCGGUACAACGCGGCGUUGCCAGCCCGCACGCCCCGGCGGCGUUUCCGGCAUGCAUUCUGCGUCAAACAAAUUUCGUACUACGUCUUCGACGUUUAAUAACGAAAAUGUAAAUUCGAACAAUAAGUAUGUGAGACGUGAUAACAGUUCAAAGUGCAUGAAGUGCGGCAUAACUCAUGGUUAUAAUCAGUGUCCAGCGUACGGAAGGAGAUGCCUUAAUUGUAACAAUUUAAAUCAUUUUUCGCGAGUAUGCAACAAUGUGUACGAGGUGCAGUCGGAGUUCCCACAGGCUGACCAGUCCCCUGACCAGGACCGUGAGGCAGCCUGAGCGGUGGGGAUACUCCG